AGCAUACUUAAAAUAUUAGCGGAAUAAAACAUUACUCCGAGUUUACACGCCCCUAUCUGGACUGUAAACACUAUUUGCCGCCAUUUCUCUGGAGCCUCGCUGCUGCAGCGCUCUCUCUUACUUUAGACAGACAAGCAGCAUUUACAAUUUUAACGCUCAGUCCUUGAAAUGACUACUAAAAAGAAACGCUCUGCGCAUACCAAUAGAGACAGAUGGGUUGUCAUUGCGCCAGAUUCAGUACUGGACACAGGCAGUUCUGCAGACAGUGAUCCAUCAUUUACCAAAUUAAAGAAUCCUGCUACAGGAAGUUCUUCGCUGUACCUGUUUGGUUGCGGUGAUGUCAGAGUUUAUGAGGUAAAAGCUUUUAAUGAAGAGUUCCGGUCCUGGUUUAUUGGACAGACAGUACAAAGAGAUGGUAGACUGCUGUAUGUGACUCCCAUUGAUUGUUUAUUUCUGCUGUUGCCAUACAUUAGGAGUGCUGCCACUGAGGGAAAGUUCCAGCCAGUGAAGCAGAUGGUGAUGGAUGAGGAUUUCCCUGGAUGCACAAGGCUUCUGAAAUGCAAACAGGGAUUGGAUUCCCUUCAUCAUGUUGCAGAUGAAAAAGAGGUUGGUGGUCUGAAGUUCCACAGAUAUAACCAGGAAAAGACCAUGGAGUGGCUUAAGAAAAAGGUUCAAAGGACAGUAAGCACACUCAAAAAGAGUAAUAUAUCUGUUGGUGGUGGAGUAAAGUCCAGCACAUUUGUCAGAGUCAAACAGGAAGCAGAUGCCACAGAAGAGGAUUACUUGCGUUACGCACAUGGACUCAUAUCAGAGUACAUCAGUGAAGACCUGAGCAAAGAUCUCCUCAAGCAUCUGCAGUUGCCCGAGAUAUCCAGCCCUAAAGAGACAGAGCCUCCCUCUAAGAAACGAAAACUGUCAGAUAAACCAGUGGAGGCCGGAGAAGACUACACCAAGUUCAACAGUGCAGAUUUUGCACGAAAAGCUCCGAAGAAGAUGACUGCAGCUCAGAAGACUCUUGCCAAAGUAGACAAAACUGGCAUGAAGAGCAUCGCAGCAUUCUUCAGCCCUAAAGUUAAGCAAGAGAAGAACUAAGUUAGUGUCUUUGUGUUUAUUUUUGCUAAUAAAGUUAUUAAAAAAGA